UGUAACAAUGGAUACUAAUGCUUUGAUUAGUUAUCUUGAUUCACACAAUACAGAGUAUGAAGAAUGGUACAAAAUUAAUAAAGAAAAGUACUUGCGUGUAGCUUGUUCCCUUUUCAAAUCUCUAUCAAAAUGCAAUACUAGUAUACUAGAAUCGACUAAAUUUCAUUCAUUAUUAAGAGUUUUGAGAACAUUUUUGAAUAAAAGUGAGAUUUUUGAAGAAUGGACCAAUGUGAGGAGUAUGAUCGAUUUUUUGCUUCUGAAUUUAGUCAAUAAAAAUGGAAUAGAAGAAAAUAAUAUCACAUCAGAAUUACUCAAUAUAUUAGUUGAUAUAUUGGAUAGGACUAAGUCGAUUCACUCCAAAAACUUCUUGGAUAAAAAACGUAUUCUUGAUACAAUGUCGUCUUUGUUGAAGGAAGAUACCCAAAUUACUGAUUUGGUAUUGAGAAUUUUGAAUACUAUUUUGAAAAUGGAAGGAACGUUCAAGUACGAUAUCAAUCAUUUAGUUAAAAGUAUAAUGAAUAUUCUGUUUUCUGAAGAAGAUGUGAAAAAUUUAUGUUUUUUGUCAAAACUGGUACUCGAAAGGGUAUCCAUAAUAGAUGAAAAAACAAUUCACCGAAUUUUACGAUGGAUCUUUACAGAGAGUGUAUCUUAUAUCAUGAAGAAAAGUAUCUCCUUAGAAAAGAAGGAGAGUAUCCUAACCUUGAUAUUGGAUUUGAGUUCGGCAGAUAAUUCGCUCAUUAAAGAGAGAUAUUCUUCAUACACAAAUGAGUUCAGAGGAUUGUGGUUGCAAUUCAUGAAAAUAUCUGAUACUUUGUGGUUGCUCUGUAAAAGCAAACAUCCAAUGGCUUGUAUAGCUCAAGAAAUUUUCAACUUGACGGUGUUACAAUUCUUGAUAGAUGAGGAAAUGUUGAAUUGCAAAGAAGACGAUGUAAUUAAAGAUAUGAGGCUGUUUCACAUCGAUAGUAACCAAGACCUCCCUGAAAAGUACUUUUUUUUCAUUUGCCACAUGCAGGGGAAAUAUUGUAGAAUAAUCUGGUCUCCUGAAAUAGUCCUCGAUGGUAUGGACGAUUGGUUCUACAAUAAAAAUGCAGAAAUAGACCUUCCAGUAUUGAAAUCAAUGCUUUUUCUUUAUCCUAGAUUGGCUACUCCUCUGAUCAAAACAGAAUAUAUAGCUUUGGGCUGCGACCUACUCAGAUUUUUGCCGAUAAAUUAUUAUCUCCCAAAAAUAUUAACAUUUUGUCAGAUCCAGUUAGUGUGGAUCUUAAAAAUGGGACCAAAAGCUUUGAAAAAAGAAACUUUGAAGUACUGGAUUAAUGAAGCACAAUUCCAUAAAAUUCUGAAGAAUGCGAUCACAGUUUGCAAAGCGGAAAAUAUGCUGUUGAAUUUGAUCAUUGGAGAUUUUGACAUGGAAACAGGAAGGAUUGCUUCCAAGUUCCUGAGAAAAAUGGACAACCAAAAUUUGUCCAAGGAAAUCGCAAGAAUGCUUCCAUUCGUUUCAAAAGAACCUAGCGUUUUCAGUUGCCUCCUUCUGGCAAAACCUGGAAUCCCGGAGAGAAUUGAAGAAAGACUACUACUUCUUCAACUGUUAUCGAUUAUUAUUCCUUCAUUGUCCGAUGAUAUGGUUCUACUAGCAGCCUGUAUGUACAGUAACGAUUUACUUGAAAAUAUGAAAAGAGAACCCAAGUGUCUCUUGGCCUUUACCGCAUACACAUCGACCAUCAAGUUUUUACUCUAUGCUUCAUAUAGGACUGAGGAGGAUGUUUCUAAGGAGAUACUAUUUCUUUUCAGGAAUUUAAUGAGCAUACAGGUGAAAUACCAAUUGGAAACAGACUGCGUUGUAGAAACAGAUCCAAUGCUUUUCUUGAGAGGCUCUACACGUCAGACCAACAGAGUACUGACCAUAUUCCCGAUUAUAUUCAGUUCGAAAGUCCAGCCACUGGUGAAAUUCAAGAAAGAAACUCAGCUCACUCUGUUUUACCAGAUUUUGGAUUACGUGCAAGAUGUCGUCACACAAGAGAACGCACUGAAAUGUCUUCAUCUGAUGAUCAAGAACUAUGAUUGGCUGUCUUUUUGCGGAGGAAUUGGUGGAAUCGUUAGAAUUUGGUGCUGCGAGCAAUUCGAUAGCGGAAAGUCUCGGUUUUAUAUGAUUUUGAUCGUUUUAUGGCUGAAGAAAUUGAUGAAAUGCCCGAUGUUCUUAAGACCCAGGAUACCCUUCACUGAGAUUCAGAAUUUCUUCAUGAGAAGUGGAGAUAUGCAACAAAUUAACUACUGUUCUAAGGUCCUCAAAAUUCUUCAGCGAAAGGACUAUGUGAAGACUAUUAGUGAGAAUAGCAUUGCAACUUCGAAUAGAAGAUAAUAACCUAGGGAAUGAUAUAUGAGUUCAUUAUAAAAAAGCACAAAAAACUGCGA